AUGCUGAACUCACUUUCAAGGAUACUCCUCUCCAGUAUACUCAUCUUUUCGGUGCUCUCCAGAGAAAAACAAAAUUUCACUCGGGACUCUGCACCGAUUACAGAUGAUCCAUGGGAUUUGGAUGGUCCUUGUCAAAAAUAUGUUGAAAAAUUCGCAAUGGUUCAGUCGGAUAUGGUGGCAUGCGCCACAAACUGGUCGAUUCCACCGAAAGUUUGCACAAAUUGCUUUCAAAAUUAUAUAAAUUUCAAGCAAUACGAGUAUGAGACUAAGAAUUUGAAUAAUGUGUACUCACUGGACAAUCGAACGUGUACACAAGUGAUCUACGAUAACUAUUUGUUGUCUUAUAGCAGUGAUAUCUCCACUGCAUUAACUUCUAAAAUUUGGGAGAAAUCUAGGUGUGAUUCAUGCAUAACAUUCGACUGGAAAUUCGCGGAGAACAAGACGACGCCUCUUUUCAUCGAGAGAACUCUCGUCUUCCAGAAUUAUCUCUACGAAUGGAGAAAUUGUAUCGUCAACUAUACCUCAGUAGAUGCUGAAAUCAUCGAUCAUAAUCUGAGUAAUGCCUCAAAAAUCUGUAAUCUGUGUAAGACACCGUUCGACGAGCUCUACGGAUACUACUGGAAGAUCUAUACGACGCCCGACGUUGACUUCUGUGUCGACGUGGAGACGACGAUGAAUGAUACGAUACAUUUGUGGGAUGAUGUGUGGAAGUGUGCAGAGAAACAAGACAGAAAUAGAGAUCUUUUUGGGAUUAUGAUCACUUUUGGAACGUUGGUCCUGUUGACUGCACUGUUCUAUGCAGCGAGUUAUAUUCAAGGAGGAGGGCAGACACGAAAUCUUGUUAGAUACUCCCGGCUGUCAGAUCCACGUGGCCAACGUUCUCGUCUCCUAUCUUCUGGAAUGUCGGACGCUGAUCUCGUUCAUCGUGUUCCACUGCCAACCACAUCCACUCAAGUCUAUAAUAUACCAAUUCAUCAGACGCGGUGA